UCAACAACCCUUCACUCUGUUUCACCACCCACCCCCCAUAACUUUCCUCCUCCUCUACUGGAAAUCUAUAAAAAGUCAAAAAAAGCUUUUUUUUCUCUUCAUCAACCGGAGCUUUCAUCCACCUUCUACUUCCGUUGAAGAUCAGAUCAGUUCAGUUCUGCUCUAGAACCAUUAUUCCGGUGUUCUUUAUAUUCAUCUUCUCCGGUUAUCUUCUUGAAGGCGUUGGCUAUUUACCCGUCGGCGUUGCAAUCAGAAGAGAUAGUUUGUGAUCGAUCGAGAUUUGAAAUGGGUAAAGUUGUGGCGGUUUUGUUCUUGUUUUUGAGUUUGGUGGCUUCGUCUUACGCUCAGAAUUGUUCGAGUUUCGCUUUCUCCGGCAACAGACUAUUUGCUGCCUGCAACAAUCUGCCGGUGCUUAAUUCCGUUCUCCACUGGACCUACCACCCGUCCAACCACACCGCCGAUAUCGCCUACCGCCACGGCGGGGUCACCGCCUCCAACUGGGUGGCAUGGGGGCUGAACGUCGGCGGAUCCGGGAUGCGAGGAACGCAGUGUCUGGUGGCUUUUCGAAACUCCAGUGGCAGUAUCCACGCCUACACCUCCCCCAUCCCCAACAGCUACGUAACUCAGCUUCAAGAGGGCCCUCUCAGCUUCGGGGUGUCCAAUAUCUCGGCGGAGUUUAACGGCGGCCAGAUCAUCAUUUUCGCCACUCUCGCGCUCCCCGCCGGUCGCACUAGCUUCAACCAGGCCUGGCAAGACGGCUCCCUCUCCGGCACCACCCCUCAAGCCCACGCUCAGACCGGAAACAACAUGAUCUCCACCGGAACGGUGGACUUCGCCACCGGCCAGACUUCCGCCGGAGGCGGAAGCGACUCCUUCAAAUCUGUUCUGCGCAAGAGAUACCGUCACGGAGUGCUAAACGCCGUUAGUUGGGGAGUAUUGAUGCCCAUCGGCGCGAUUAUAGCUAGGUACUUGAAAGUGUCCAAGUCAGCCGACCCCGCCUGGUUCUAUCUCCACGUGGCUUGCCAAACCUCCGCUUACGCCGUCGGUGUCGCCGGCUGGGGCACCGGCCUAAAGCUCGGCAGCGAUUCCAAGGGCGUUACCCACGACACCCACCGGAACAUCGGCAUCACUCUCUUCGCCCUCGCCACACUCCAGGUUUUCGCGUUGCUCCUGAGGCCGAAGCCCGACCACAAGUUGAGAUUCUACUGGAACAUCUACCACCACGUUGUCGGAUACACGGUCAUCAUCCUCAGCGUCAUCAACGUGUACGAGGGAUUCGACGUGUUGGACGGGCAGAAGAACUGGAAGAAAGCUUACACCGGCGUUAUCAUCUUCUUGGGCGCCGUCGCCGCCCUCUUGGAAGCCUUUACGUGGUUCAUUGUCCUCAAGCGCCGGAGCGCCAACAAGCAACACCCUGCUCCCCACCACGCCGCCAACGGCAACGGCUAUACCGUCUAGA